CAAAUGUCAACUUCAAAUACACCAAAAGAUCGCGAAAUUUAUUAUACCUAUCAAUAAAUGUUUUAUUUAAUAACUUACAAAUUAAUGUUUAUUAUGCAUAUGGUAUGAUAAAUACGAAGUAUUAUUUCGUAGUGGUUUCCGUAAACGCGGACUACGUUAAUAAAUUUGGAUUUGCAUGAAGAAUUGGGCAGAAUGUUCGGUUACAGUAAAGAAGCAGUUAGAGUGAAAGUCAAGAAAUGUGAAGGAAAACUACAACCAGAGUUAAGGAAGUUCUCUGUUGAUCCACAAAUAACUUCCUUAGAAGUAUUACAAAGCAUUCUUGUGAAAGCAUUUGAUAUAAAGUCUGAUUUUACAUUGUCAUACAGGACAUUAGAUGAUUAUGGACAAGAAGUAUAUUUACCUUUAUUAUCUGAUUGGGACUUGGAUGCUGCAUUCCUCAAGGCUCAUAACAUAGCACUGACACAAAAAUCAGAACCAUGUGUCCAAUUAAAAGUGGAUAUGAAGCCUUUUGCAGAAGCCUCGGAGGAUUGGGAACCACCAGUAAUACCUACUCAAACUCAAAUAACUAGGGAACAGCCUGUAGUUCAACAAAGCCAAACAAUAACACAAAUAGAUAAGCAAGAAACACAAAUUGGUCUGCAAGGCAUUAUUAUGAAUCAGGUUGAGAAAACAUUUAAUAUGGUAUCCAGAGCAUUAAAUUUAUAUGAUGACCCAAACACACCACCUAGACCUCCACUGAAUGAUGUGGAGUUUAGAACAUUUUUGGAUGCUGUAGGACAAAUCACCAACACUACAAAAUUACGUGAAGUUAUAUAUUGUGGAGGAAUUGAACCAAGUCUGAGAAAAGUGGUAUGGAAACAUAUACUGAAUGUCUAUCCUGAAGGGAUGACGGGAAAAGAGAGAAUGGAUUAUAUUAAAAGAAAAGCUAAUGAGUAUUAUGCUUUGAGAGCCAAAUGGAAAGAUUGUAUUCAAAAAGGAAAGGUAAAUGGUGAUUUGGCCUAUGUUACGAGUAUGGUACGGAAAGACGUUCUUAGGACAGAUAGGCAUCAUAACUUUUAUGCCGGAAGUGAUGAUAAUCAAAAUAUUGCCUCUCUAUUCAAUAUUUUAACAACAUAUGCUCUCUACCAUCCAACUGUAAGUUAUUGUCAGGGAAUGUCAGAUUUAGCAUCACCACUAUUAGUGACCAUGGGUGAUGAAGCACAUGCAUACAUUUGCCUUUGUGCGCUUAUGGCAAGACUUUAUCCUAAUUUCCUACUUGAUGGCGAAGCAAUGACACUGAAAUUUACUCAUCUCACUGAAUCGCUACAAGUGUAUGACCCUGACUUCUACAACUAUUUAAAAUCACAACAAGCAGAUGAUCUACUAUUCUGUUAUAGAUGGCUACUACUAGAAAUGAAGCGAGAAUUUGCAUUUGAUGAUGCACUACGGAUGCUAGAAGUCCUGUGGGCUUCUUUACCUCAAAAAGCUCCCAUUACAGAAUUACCUUUACAAGAGAAAGAUUUUGAUCCAACUUUUGAGGUAACUGUAGAUCCAACACCUUUAAGCCCGCUAGUAAAAGCACCAAGAGAAAAUGCAUAUACUAAAGUAUGCGCAAUAAGAAGACAAAGCUCCAGUUUUAGCUUAGCAAAUAUAAAAACACCAAAACUUUCCACGACCAAGCAAAUAAAUUAUAGUUUAGACGAAAGUGCAGCUCGAAAAGCAUUAACUAAUUCAUCUCUUAAGCACGCGAAAGAAUUUCAAAGUCUAGAUGAAGCUGCCUUACAGCUGCGUACUACUACAAAAGAAAUAUGCGAUAAAACAACUGAGGAAGUCACUGAAUAUAAUUUACAUGAAAAAGAUAUACAUAAGUUUUCGAAACCCAUCAUGAAAAGUGUUCCUGAAGAUAGUAAAGCGAUUGAGGUCUUAGAUUCGCAAACUAGUUGGUCUAGUACAGGAAAUUUAUUCAACGGAACAUCUCAAGCUGACAUGAAAAACACUCCAUUAGGGAGCCAAAUCCGAAUACUACGAGAUAAAAUAUCCAUACAUAACAAUAGAUUUUUCUCAUCAUUAGAUAAGCUUGAUGAUUCCAAUUGUGUUGAUUCAACAAGCAAUAAGCCAAAAGUAAAAAUGAUAAAAAAUCUCAAUGAAUUUCUUAAUUUUGCUACAGGUAGUAAAUAUGUGAAUAUUAAACAAGAAAUGGGUCUAAAGACUGAUCUUGAUAAUAUUGUUUCUAAACAGUGCCCCAAAAUAACACUAACUAAAACAUUACUUAAUGAUACAUCUAAAAUACUUAAAAAUCAUAGUAAUUCAAAAAUUAAUUUGGAAUUAAAUGAAGGCAGUAGCCCUGAUGAUUCACAAGAAUAUUAUCCCAUGACUACCUCCAUGACCCGUGAAUUACGAUUAGAAUUAGAACAUUUAGACCGACAAGUAUUUGGCUCUUCAUAUGUUAAUAGAUGCAGUAUGAUUUGUGAUUCUCCUUCUGAAUCCACAAGCACAGAAGAUAAACCCACAAAAUUUCAGAAAGAUACAGAAAAUGAUAAAUUAGAAGUUCAAAAUGAAGUUACUGAAUCAAUGGAUUUUUUGAAAAAGUCACCACUUUUAGACACAACUAAAAUUAAUGCAAGAAGUGCAGAGGAUAUAUAUCUUUGGGAGAAUCCCCUUCAUCGCAACACUCCAACUACGCGAACAACUGCUAGUUGUCCACACACACCUGAUGAACAAGCUGAAUUAGAUUUUGAUGGUGACACAGGGGAAAUAUUUGAGGAGCAUUCUGGAAAAAAGUCUGUCACACCAAUUAGAUUAUUAAGAAAAAAUCAUUCUCUGGAACCUCAGGAUUUAUAUCAUAACAAUAAGCAUUCUAAUACACAUUCCAGUGAAUCUGAAUCUUCUGACCCAGUAGAUUCUAUAAGCAAUCCAGUUACAGAAGAUGGAAACAACCUGAAAUCACAUAAAUUUUUCUCUAACAUGUCACAAGAAUUAGAAAAUGCAAAAAAGAAUUGUGAGUCACUGUUAAAUGUAAAGCAAACAAACCUACAAAGUGUAGCAUCAACAAUAAAUAACUUUCAGAAAAAAUAUGAGGUUUUUAAACCACCUCCAUUAAAAAAUGCAUCUAUACACACUGUUACAGCUACUGAUAGUACAAGUAAGAACAGUAUUAGUAGUUUGCCUUCUCCUAUCGUUUUUGGUGGUGGUAAUCCAUUCCUCAUGUAUUUAUGUCUUACAGUAUUAUUGCAACAUAGAGAUUAUGUAAUGCGCAAUCGUAUGGACUAUAAUGAAUUAGCAAUGCAUUUUGAUAAAAUGGUGAGAAAGCAUAAUGUCAACAGGGUAUUAAAUCAAGCUAGGCAGAUGUAUGCUGUAUAUUUGAAGCAACAAUCGCAAAAGACUGGUGAUGUUACUACAUAAUGAUAUAGGUUUUAGGACAUUUAUGGAAAAUUACUUAAGAUAAUGGGACUGCCAACAUAGCAUUAUGUAAAUGUGUUAAUUUUAUUUAUUACUAAAUUCCUUAUCACCCUUAAUUGAAGUCGCGCGAAAUUAGCUGUAGAUAUCAAAUUUACUCUGCUAUUUGUUAUAAAGUUUAGUUUACACAUUUCAA